AUGGAGAUAAGCCGAAUCGGCCUCAUCUUCCUGUUUCUCCUUUCACUGCUGAUCCUUGUAUCAUCCUUGAGGCAGCGUCCGAGAGCAAACUCCAAGAAAAAGCGUCCUCCGGGACCAUGGGCUCUCCCCUUCGUCGGCAGCAUCCACCACAUGGUCACCUCGCAGCCACAGGCUGCCCUCCGGGAGCUCGCCGACAAGCACGGGCCAGUGAUGUACCUGCGGCUGGGGCAGACGGACACCGUCAUCGUCUCCUCACCGGCGGCAGCUCAGGAGGUUCUCCAGGCCAACGACCUCGACUUCGCGUCACGGCCGUGUCUCAUCGGCCCGGGGAUCAUCUGCUACGGCAACCUCGACGUGGCCUUUGCGCCGUACGGCAGCUACUGGCGGGCACUGCGCAAGCUCUGCACCAUCGAGCUCCUCAGCGCGCGCAAGGUCAGGCACUUCGCUUCCUACAGGGAGAGGCAAACCAUGUCCCUGGUUGCAGAGAUCCGUGCCACCGCCGCUGCCGCUGCCGCUGCCGGAGCUAAUAAACCUAAACCUGUGAACAUCCGUGGGCUGCUGGUGUCAUGCACCAACACAAUAACGUCGCUGGCGACCUUCGGCGAUGUCUGCAGCCAAGAGCGCAAAGAGCAGUUCCUGUCCGCAGUGGCUGUGGCGCUGAACCACAGCAUGGGUUUCUGCGUCUCAGACAUGUUCCCAUCACUGUGGUUCGUGGACGUUGUUACUGGUGUGACACGCCGGCUGUGGAGGGCGCACCGGCAGCUCGACGAAUUGUUCGACAAGAUCAUCGAAGACUGUGAACAGAGGAGGAAGGAACGCAAGGUUAAGAGUGGUGGAGGAGAGGAUGAGGCUGCUGCAGAAAAUGAUCUUCUGAGCAUCAUGCUGAGGGUCCGGGAUGAGGAGGACCUAGAAUUCCCCUUCAACAACACCAACAUCAAGGCCAUCAUAUUUGAUUUAUUCACAGGAGGGACAGAAACAAUUUCAUCUUUAGCUGAGUGGGUCAUGUCCGAGCUCAUGCGACAUCCGGGAGAAAUGGCUAAGGCGCAAGCAGAGGUGCGGGAAGCCUUUAACAACAUAAACCCUCAUCAUCAUGAAUCUUGUAUGGACAGGCUACACUACACGAGGAUGGUGAUCAAGGAGACACUACGGCUUCACCCACCUCUCCCCCUUCUCCUACCCCGUCUCUGCCGGAACACCUGUGACAUUGGUGGGUUUGAGAUCACAAAAGGUUCUAGGGUGAUCAUCAAUGCAUGGGCAAUUGCAAGAAGCCCAAUGUACUGGGACAAUGCUGAGGAGUUCAGGCCAGCAAGAUUUGAGAACACAAUGGCUGAAUAUAGAGGCACAGAAUUUUAUUACUUGCCAUUUGGUAGUGGGAGGAGGAUGUGUCCUGGCUCGGGCUUCGGGAUGGCCACAUUGGAGCUCAUAGUGGCACGGCUUCUCUACUACUUUGAUUGGAGCCUUCCAGGCAAAAUGCUCCCAGAGGAGGUCAACAUGGAAACAAUAGUUGGCUCAACAGCAAGGAGACGCAACCAGCUACACCUUGUUGCGACGCCUUAUGAUGUUCCAAUUGAAAUGUGA